AGAUGAUCUGAUAUGAUGAAGAGGACGAGUACCCAAAAUUAAAGGAAUUAAAGGAUGGAAGAUGGGAAUCUGCAGGCUGAAGCAAGAAAGCGAACACAGACCGGAGAUGCAUGGCAGAAGAAAUUCAAGAAAGAAAUCAAGGGACAGCAUUGAUCGUGGAUCUUUUCAUGGCCUGGACUGGGAUAACUUUCCAUUUAGGGAAAUGGGAACUUUCCAACGGGACAUCCAAAAAAGGAAAGCGGGAACAUUCCAACGGGACGGAGAACGAGGCAUAGACCACAACUUCUCUGCCCCUAGAACUCAUCAACAAUAUGGGGUAGUAGAACGGAAGAAUAGAACUCUGGAGGACAUGACUAGAACAAUGCUGAUUUCCAAUGGUCUAGCAAGAAACUUUUGGGCAGAAGCACUAAACACGGCAUGCUAUAUAAUUAACCGUGCUAUGAUCCGUCCACUCCUAAGGAAGAUGAUAUGCACUAAUUAGUAGUGCAUAAAUGCAUAUUUUUAUGAUUGAUUUGUGUGUAUUGUUUACCGUUUUAUUUAGUUUGUAAACAUCUGUGUGAAUUUAGUUGUAAUUGUAUUUUAAUCUUCAUUUAUUAGUUGUAAAGUAGAAUUAGGAAUUAUGGUGUUGAAAAGGAGGACUUUGAAGUGAAGAAAAAGGAGAUUGGACUAUCCAGAAGCUGAAACCCGACCGGGUAGAAGACUUCACCCGGUCGGGUCUGAUUUAACAGACGAAAUUCCUUGGAAAAUCACUAGACCCGGUCGGGCCCACUACCUCACCCGGUCGGGUGAGAAGUGACCGGGGACAAUCCGGCGUGCGAAGAUCACCCGAACGUGGCAAAUAUUUGAUAUUGAUUGAUACCCGGUCGGGUAUGGCACUUUACCCGGUCGGGUAUCCGCCCCAGGGUGUUGAAAACACC